GCUCCUGAAGCUUCUCCUUCCCUGUCUCCUCCACGGCCUCUCACCCCUCCUCUUACUUCCACCCCGCUGGGACUUCCCCCGCGGCCCCCGUCUGCUUCUCACGAGUGCCUGCCCGGACUCGACCGUACGUUGACCCCUCCCAUCCUCCUAACCUCAAAGCCGGCGGGAACCAAUGGACAUCGCGAUUCUCACGACAGCGAGACCACAUGCUGUGACGGAGCCUGCGACGGGUUCGACAGGAUCGCAGCCCUCGCGGUUGAGCACCAGGCAGCCUUCCCUUCCGAGGGGGAGAGCCCCGCGGAGGCGCCGUUCGCGACCCAGUCCGAUGGGCGCAGUAGACGAUGGCAGGCUGGCAAGGAGGGAAAGAGGGCAGGCUGGGGCUGUAGGGAAUUUCUUGGCCCUGCUGUCCGCUCCUCGAUUUCCUUCUUGCGCGGCUCUUUGUCUCUCCCCUCCGUCUUACCGGCCUGCUCCUCCCCUCCCUCCCUCCCUCCCUCCCCCAGCCCUCCCCCCUCGUCCCUGCCGCUCAUCGCCCUCCCCCGGGAGGUCUUGCGUCUUGCUUGCAGCUACCUUAGGGCCUGGGAUCUUAGCGCCCUGGUGCAGACCUGUCGUCAUUUCUACCAGCGGGAGGGAGGCAUUGUUGAAGAGGUGCGGCCGGCUUUUCCCACCGCCUUCACCCCCUCACUUUCCUACUCUCGUCUUUGUGCUCGUCUCAAUCCUUUGAUCAUUUCUGGCCUACGUCUUUCCCCCCUACCCUUGCCCUCUUUUCAGAUCGCCCUCCACUCCAUGGACCUCCUCUCUGUCUCUUCCUCCCCUCCUCUUUCCUCUUCCUCCGGCCCUGGCGCCCCUCCCACCCUUGCCUCCUCCUCCUCCUCCUCCACCCUCUCCUCCUCUGGGGCUGUUUCGUCAUCCAAAGACAAGAGGAAACGGCUGGGAUCUUUGCUGGAAGCCCUAAGGUUUCAAGAAGUCCAGCACCUGCACCGCCUGCUCUCCCUCCCAGAGCCUUUCUCCGGCGGCUACUACGUCUCCAAAGCCUGGCUCUCCAACCACCGUCGCUUCGCCGAGGCGCUUUCGGCACGCAGGAAGGCUGCUCUCCUCCAACAGCAGCAGCAGGGAGGGAGGGAGGGAGGGAGGGAGGGAGGAAGGGAGGGAGGGGACAGAGAAAGAUCCUCCAGCGGUCGACGGAGGAACAGCAGGGAGCGGCGGGAGAGUGAGGUGAGGGUGGUCCAGCGGGGAGAAGGGGGGAGGACGGGGGCCUGCAGGCGCUAG